CUCAUACACGCGCACCCCAGAGGCAAGCCAAACACAGUUGUCGAGACCUCGAAACAGAAGCACAUCGGCUUCCUUUUUAGUGGCAGUGGCCGACUCUUUGUCAACCGGCAGCGGCACUUCCGUUGUCCCUCUUUCAAACCUGAACAACCGCAACGCUCCUUGUCGGUUUCUUUUUCAAGUAGCAGCAGCCCCGUCUUCCGUCAACGGGCAGCCGACGAGUCAUAGACAACAGCAAGUAACCGGAGUCGAGAUAGUCUUGAACCCUAGAAGCGGCCGUGA